UAGGCAUGCGCGUUAAAGUCGCCUCUCAAUUACCCACCGACUUGAGCAACUCGGCCAGCUCCUGUUUUCUCAAAACACCGAAAUACCCCAAAAAAAUAUCGAACGUGAAAACGACAAUACGACGUAGAAUCACCAAGUCUUUCCUCUUCUUCUUCGUUUUCCCUUCCCUCUCGCUCAAUCGAAGAAACCGAGACAAACAAUAUUUAAAAAAAAAAAAAAUUAAUUUUUAAAAAGGAAAAAUCGUCUGCGAAAAAGUCUUUCUCCAAAACCCAAUCCCUAUUUAAACCGCAAAAAAGCCAUCAAAUCCUUCACGACUCUCUUGCCCUUUUUUUUUUAAUUUUCCAAAACAAAAAAAAAGUCGCAACUCAUUCCAAACCGCCAACGCGAACUUUCUAGGAAACUUCUCUUUAUUUUCUUCGUUGAAGUGAUGCGAUUUGGGUUGUUUGGGCGCAAGCCUUUGUUGUUUCCGGUAAAUUGGCCGCGGUUUAUAAGAGCUUUUGGUUAGGGUUUCCAAAAAAAGCAAUUUAGGGUUUUCCGUUUUGUUCUUUUAUUUCUGAUGUUGAUGAUGGGGGAUGAUGACUAUAACGAUAGAUCCGGUUUAUUGCCAAGUGGCGAUCCCUCGGCUGAUUAUAAGUUCGAUGACUUAGCUGCCGAUGGUCUAUGCAUCGAUCUCGACAUCUUCAAUAGCAUUCUUGAAGAGAAUUUUGAUCCUCCGCAGAGUAAUCCAGAAGAUCCAUCACUUAGAAAUAUGUCUCAAGGGGACUCGGCUCCUGAAGCCAUCCAGUUUCUGAGUGAUGCUUUGCACAGCCCUGCUGUUGAGAAUACAAACUUAAUGUUUGAUCAUUAUGUUGAUUUUCCAACUAAUACCUUGGAAACCCUGGAAGCGCCUGAAAAUAAGGUAGAUAGGUCUAUGGAUUUUUUGUCCUUCGAUGCAGAUAUGACUUCACACAAUGUUACUUCUAAUGAGUCUACCAUCUGUCAUGGUUCUGAUAUUGUUAGUGAUGUUAGUGAUCCUUGUUCUGUUAUACCUCAUUACAUGAACGGAGAUGAUGCACAUUUUGCUGAUUCCUCAAUGCAAUAUUGGCCUGGUUUCUUAAAUUUUAUGUUUGAAGAAAGUAAGGAGGGUGAAGUAGUGGAAUAUUUGAAUGAGAGUGCGUGCUCAAAUGGUAGGAUAAUUUUCAAUGCUCAGGGUGGGACUGAUAAUAGGUCUGUGUCACAGCUCUCAAUGACUGAUUUCUCUGAUGUAAAGCAACAGCAUAUGGAAGGUGAAGGGAAUGGGCAUGUUUUACCGGCCUGCCAGAAUUUGUCAUACAUUGCUAAUGGUGACGUUUUUGAUGACAAAGGAUCGGUGCUGCCAUUCAUUCAUUCUCAACCUUACAUUUCAAAAAACAAGCAAGCGGUUUCUGUAAAGAAUGAAGAUAAUAAAUUGAUUACAUCUGGCAACAUUUUAUGUCAUUCUGCUGAAGCAUUAGAUGAGGCUAGCUGUAGAAGGUCUACUAACAGGGUUGAUGACUCAUUAUCUGUUGAUGAAGACUCGAAGCAGUUGUCUGAUAUUUCACCUUCUAUAUCAAAUCAGGAGUUUUUGGUUAAUGGCAAGGGUGCUCAUCAUUAUUAUCAUGACAUUAAUCUAAAUGUUAGUAGUCAAUCUUCCCUCUGUAGUGGACAUUUGAAUUUAACUUCCUCAGAGCAAUAUUUUUCCAGUGCUCACCCAAUUCCUUCAACCAAGAUGCAGAUAGGUUGUUUUGGGGGUGAAAGAGAGAGUAAGUUGAUUCCUUCAAGGAGUAUGGGUCUUUCAAAAGUCAGUCCCGAAUCUAUUCACAGCAAUUCAUCAGAUUGCAGAUCUCAUUUUGAUGAUGACCCUGAUAUAUGUAUUCUUGAAGAUAUCUGUCAACCUGCCCGCCCAAAUCAAUCCCUGGUGCUUGUAAAGAAGACUUCUAGUUUGCCGAAUACUGCGUUUAGUAGUCCAAAUACUGCAUUUAGUAGUCCAAUUCAUAACUCAGGAAUGGGGGGUAUCAGGCUCAAGGGAAAUGAUGAGCAGUUAAUUUUUCAGGUUGCAUUGCAGGGUCUUUCUCAGCCAAAGUCUGAAGCUAGUACUCCGGAUGGUGUUUUGGCAGUACCUCUUCUACGACAUCAGAGAAUUGCUUUGUCUUGGAUGACCCAGAAGGAGAAAGCUGGCUCGCACUGUUUGGGAGGAAUUCUUGCAGAUGAUCAGGGAUUAGGAAAAACUGUGUCAACAAUUGCACUUAUUCUCAGUGAGAGGCCCCCAUCUUCUACAGCAUCUUCUCAAGAUAUGGGAAAGGGUGAGAUGGAAACACUAAAUUUGGAUGAUGAUGAGGAUGAUGAUGAUGAUGAAGGGAUGAAGCAAGAAUCUGAUAACAGUCAAGUUAUGUCAAAUGGUGCUCCAAAGAAAAGCUCUUCUCCAUCAGGGCAAGCAAAGGGAAGGCCAGCUGGUGGAACUCUCAUUGUAUGUCCCACAAGUGUAUUGAGGCAAUGGGCAGAGGAGCUACACAAUAAGGUGACGAGCAAAGCUAAUCUCUCCGUUCUAGUAUACCAUGGAAGCAACAGAACAAAGGAUCCUUUUGAGUUAGCAAAGUAUGAUGUUGUCCUUACUACAUAUUCAAUUGUUAGCAUGGAGGUCCCCAAGCAGCCUCCUGUUCGUGGAGAAAAUGAUGAGAAAGGGAAGUUGGAAGGUGAACAUGCUUCAUCUCUCGAUUUUCCACUAAGCAGGAAAAGGAAAUACCCUCCUAGUUCUAAUAAAAAAGGAGUGAAGCACAAGAAGCAAUUGGAUGAAUUGCUUCUUGAUUCUGCUUCUCGACCUCUUGCAAAAGUUGCAUGGUUUAGAAUUGUUCUGGAUGAGGCCCAAAGCAUAAAGAACCAUAGAACACAAGUUGCUAGGGCCUGUUGGGGCCUUCGUGCUAAACGUAGAUGGUGCUUGUCUGGAACUCCAAUUCAAAAUGCCAUUGAUGACCUUUAUAGCUACUUCAGAUUUCUGAGAUAUGACCCAUAUGCCGCUUACAAGUCAUUCUGUUCUUCCAUAAAGAUUCCGAUUACUAAAAAUCCAGCGAAAGGGUAUCCAAAAUUGCAAGCUAUCUUGCAGACAAUAAUGUUACGUCGCACCAAAGGUACUUUUCUUGAUGGGAAACCAAUUAUAAACUUGCCACCUAAAGUGAUACAAUUGAAAAAGGUGGAAUUCACAAAGGAUGAACGUGACUUCUAUUCCAGAUUGGAGAGUGAUUCACGUGCUCAGUUUAAAGAGUAUGCAGCUGCUGGGACUGUCAAACAAAACUAUGUGAAUAUCUUGUUGAUGCUUUUGCGCCUUCGCCAAGCCUGUGAUCAUCCUCUUCUUGUCAGGGGAUUUGAUUCGAACUCUUCAUGGAGAUCAUCGAUUGAGAAUGCCAAUAAGCUUCCUCAGGAGAAGCGAACAUUUCUUCUGAGUCGUUUAUCAUCUUUGGCUCUUUGUGGCAUCUGCAAUGAUCCACCGGAAGAUGCUGUUGUCGCUGUCUGUGGUCAUGUUUUCUGCAACCAAUGCAUCUCUGAACAUCUUACUGGUGAUGACAACCAGUGUCCCACUACAAAUUGCAAAGUUCGACUCAGUGCAUCUUCUGUGUUUUCAAAUGCUGCUUUAAACAGUUUUCUCUCUGAGCCGCAUGGUCAGGAUAGCUCCCCUGAUUGUCCUGGUUCUAAAGUUGUAGAGGUAAUUGGGCCUUGUUCUGAGGAUAGUUUGAAUGAUUCUUCCAAAAUUAAGGCUGCCCUUGAGGUCCUGCAAUCACUAGCUAAACCUCAAGAUCAUAGAUUAAGGACUAGUGGCUGUCCAGAAGGUUCAUCAGAUCUCCAUUCUGGGGAUUCACCAAAUGGUUUUCCUGAUGAAAAAAAUGUGGUUACGGGUGAAAGUUUGAAUGAUUCCUGUAAGGUACCUGGAGAGAAAGCCAUAGUGUUUUCCCAGUGGACAAGGAUGCUGGAUUUAUUUGAAGCCUGUCUUAAAAGUUCUUCCAUCCAAUACAGAAGACUUGAUGGGACUAUGUCAGUUGCUGCUAGAGAUAAAGCAGUGAAAGAUUUCAACAUCCUACCAGAGGUAUCCGUUAUGAUUAUGUCUUUGAAAGCUGCCAGUCUUGGGCUGAACAUGGUUGCUGCAUGCCAUGUUCUUCUGCUGGAUCUUUGGUGGAACCCUACAACUGAGGACCAGGCAAUUGAUAGAGCACAUCGUAUUGGGCAGACUCGCCCUGUAAGUGUUUUACGAUUAACUGUAAAAGAUACAGUUGAAGAUCGUAUUUUAUCUCUUCAGCAAAAGAAGAGGGAGAUGGUUGCAUCCGCGUUUGGGGAAGAUGAAACUGGUGGUCGUCAGACGCGGCUCACAGUAGAAGACUUGGAGUACUUGUUUAUGGCAUGACAUUUCACUUUUAAGAUAACAAUGGUAGAUUUGCAUUCUUAAAUUGGUAGUGCUAGACUUGCAUGCCAAGGUCGGUGCAUCUUGUUGGUGGUGGAAUGAUUGGAUCCCAGCUUCUUCGUUUAGAACCAUUUCCUGAUCCAUGUUCCCGGCCUAGCGGAUGCCAUUUUGCUAACCCAAAUACCGAUUGUAGGUUCUUUUGGACAUGAGAGCGAGUAAGGCUCUACUGAGACACUCUGUGAAUAGUCACGAAAGAAUCCUCAUGAUCCCCUUACUCUUGGUCACAAAAGGAAAGUUAUUUUUCUUUAUUGGUUUUUUAUCUGGCCAUUGAUAGUUCUCAACCUCUAAUCACCUGUGACAUUGUAUAGGGUUUAAGGCAAUUGCGCCAUAACACGUAACAUAAUAGAGUUGAACGAGUGAUUCUGUUAGUUAGAGUUGUAAAUGAUAGGUCUCCAAUUUUUGUUUUCUUAUUCUUUUCUCUUCCAAAGAUACAGAAAUUGAAAGUUUGUAGCUUCAUCGGUAAUUUUGAGUAUACUAUUUCCCUGUAGUGUAUUCAUUCAUUAAUUUCAA